AUGGUCAAAACGCGCAAAUCAACCGCCUCUAUUCAAACACGAAACCAAAGGACUUCAUUGAAUCACAAAUCAAAAAGAAAAAGAGACCAAGAUAGUGAGUCGGACGUUGAGCCGCCGUCUGCUCGUAAGCGCAGGAAAUCGAGUAGUUCACGGUCGCAUGCUCAAGUCGAGUAUCCAGACCAAGACAGCGAAGAGGCUGAAAAAGAAACCUCAGAGGACUCAGACACACAAGAAGACACUGUCUUAAAGAGAGGCUGGUAUCUUGUUCGCGCAGUCAUUGAUGAACGGUUUGAGGCUUCAGACGGCGAAACUAGACACGAGUACCUAGUUGAUUGGGAGCCAGGCCCCCAGGAAACAUAUCAGCCAACCUGGGAACUAGCCGAAAACCUGAAUGCAGACGCAUUGAGAGAUUGGGAGAAGAAAAAGGACAAGCGGGAGCGCCAGAAGCUACGACGUGAAGCCCAGCGCCAAAAUACAAGAAGCCAACGAGGGCUUCGGAGCCUCACGCCUCGUACUGCUUCAGCUGAACCAGCUGCGUUCAAUGAGAGACAACAGCCUGAGACUUUCAAUGCAUCAUUUCAAAAUCGCUCUCGAUCCAACUCUAUUAACCAAGACGUGCGGACAAGAAAACGUCCCAGACUUGAGCAAGAAUCCGUGUUCUCAGAGGAGCCAGUGCCGUCAAUCGUUUCAGCGUCAUCUGUUGAUGUUGAAUCUGUAGUGUCACUCGAAUCUCCUGCUCGACCUGGUCGAAAUUUCGCCAUUGUGCUACGUAAGCCCGACGAUUUUGACCCUUCUGAGUACCAAAGCGUUCACGGCAGUUCUCAAAAAAUAUCAGAUCUUGAAGACGAUGAUCAGCAUCUAGUGUUCACAUCACAGUUGACCCAAGACACUAUCCCUGAUUCCCAAGACCUAUCUGGUCGUUGGGACCCUAGAAACCUUGGAAGUCAAGCUGGAGUGCAAGAACCAGAUAGCCUUGAACCUCCUGCUGAUCAACUAUCAGUAGCUUUGAGCCAUCCUGAGCCAGGCGAUCAAGGGAGAGGCACUCGCGAUUCGGAAAUCGGCACCCCUGCUAAAGUCAUAGCCGACCCGGAAAUUGAAAUACCUCAAUCCAUUGAUUGUUCAGCAGAAUUCGACUCGCCAUCUUCAGACCCUGGCCAAGAAGAGGCUUGCCUCGAGGACGAACAGCCAUACUACGGUAACGGAGGUGACACUGGUGUUGAUAACCACUCUGACGACGAGAAUCGGGAGACAGACGAUAAUCAGGCCGGCCAGAAUUUCGAAGUCGAUGACAGUGACAUAGAAGAUUCUAUUCGUAAGCAACUACUCGAAGACAACCAAGAUUUUCACCGCAACGAUAGCAAUCACGGUCGCCACUUUUCAGAAGACAGCGAGUACAGUCUGAACCAAAGCUUCGAUACUGCCAUCUCUGGAACUACCCAAGAGCUCCCAAACAGUGCAGACUCAUACGUCCCUCCAGAUCAACAGACUCAAGAUAACACUUUGACCGAAUCUUCAGGAAACGGACAGAGAGUAGCAGAACUUGGCUUCUCCCAAACCAUUGAUAGUCCUCUUUCUGGGCGCGCCACGGACAGUGCCCGGAGAAUUGAUUCUGAGAGAAGUUCCCCGAGGUAUCGUGGCUCUGUUGAUGCUCUGCAUACCGAUACUAGCCAGUCACAACAACCUGAUAUCAAUCUCUCUUCUCAGCCCUCCGAACAGGGUCACUUCGAUACAUCCGGCACCAAGCCUUCUCACAGGUCAGGUUCCCUCUCAGGCAAAACUACACAACUCGAAGCACAACCGCCCUCAAGUAACGAGGUCGGCCGCAUUAUCCCAGACUCGCAGGAGUUUUCAAACUCGACUGCAGAGUUACAAUCUAACGCACCCCAGACCUUGACGGCGUCGAAUAAAGCCCAGAUCACCCCAUUUGCUUCCCAAGCCGAGCUUGUUCCUGACUCGGCAACAACUAGUUCACAUAUCCCCUCCCACCAACCAGAUCAGCCACCCCUACCUUCACUUGCGAGGGAAGACGUAUUUGACAGUUUGACACCAACUGACCAAGGCCUUCAUCGUGUACCAACAGCCUCAAUUCGAGAAUUUUCUACUUCUAAUAACACCCAGAACACACCAGUCUUUUUUACUCAACCCCAAGGAAUACACGAAUCUCCUGUUAUCUCUAGCUCUUUAUCAAGGCUUGAAACUAGCGAGGUUGUGCAGGGUUCAUUAGAUCCGGACUCUUCAACAAAGUCGACAGACGUACCUCAUAAGACCGAACAAAGCGACUUUAACGAGCUGCAGGCAGCUCGGUCACAGCCCCAGAGACACGCCAGUAGUCAAGAACCCGGGCCUACCAGUGAUCCCCAGUUCGCCCGGGACAAACCAGGGAUCAAUUACGACAUAGAGCGACGAUCUGAACAGCCGUCUCAGACCUAUAGUGCCUGCAUACCACCUUCUGAACUACCCAGGCCAACUACAGAAACUCUCAAAAUGGAGCGCUCGCAUUCUCAACCACGGAGUUUAGCAGCCGAUGAGCUCAAAAGCUUUGUUGAUUUUGGUACUGAUUCAGUAUCGGGUCAAGUCGGUGACGGGGAAAGCCUAGAUGCGGCAUCUUAUGGAGUCUCAAAUGUGCAAGAGUCCAUACUUAGUGCUAGCACAACUGACCUCGAUAUUGCUGUCAGUUCUUCUGAAGCUAUCAUACAAUCGCAGCCAAUCUAUUCGGUCGAUCCUUGGAAACCAGAAGCUUUGGGAACCACACCAGAGGCCCCUGCGCCCUCAAUCUCGCCGGCAUCCAUUAUGGCAAACCCUCAUCGAUCAGCAUUCGAUACUAUGAGAGAGAUGGUCGACCGAGCUUUCGUCAAUUCGAGGGAAUCCAUCGCUUGUUCUCUCAUGAGUCAAGAACCUCGUGAUAGGACGCCACCCGCUACUAUCUCUCCGGCAGACAUAAGUAGGGUGAUUGACCCUCUGGAGGCGACUCACACUUUGAACUUGACAAACAGAGGCACAAUACCCUCCGAGAUUGGCAGUCCUGGUCCCUCGAUCACGAUGGGUCAAAUUCCUGAGGAACAAAACUCUGAUACCUCGUCGCAAUCGUCUCACCGAGAAGACGGUUACACACAGCAUGUCAUCACUCUUCCGAUGCAAGCAAGUAAGCGGCCGUAUUAUGGAGAGAUGAUAAAGGAUUACAAAACCGAAAUCCAGGCUUUCAGCGCUUCGUUCACUGGCGAACCUGGCGAACAGCCCAGCGAGCUUCUUGUGCAAAAGAUCCAUGAUCUUUUUGACAGGUUGUUUGACAUUUGCGAUUAUCCGCCGAAUGUUGUAGGAACGGUGCUUGAGUCACAACCCAGCGCUGACAUUGCCAAAUUCUGCUGCGAUGCCAAUCCCAAAUUCAAUUUCUUGUUUGAGCUCAUGACGGGUCUGGAUGAAAAGGAAAAGGAAGUUCUUAUUGUGAUUCGCAAUCAAGAACUUAUGCGACUUAUAUUCGCCCUCACUGAAGUCGCGGAGAUCGAAUGCUCGGCUGAGGGUAUCAAUCGACGCACUGACUUUCCGUCAGCCAUAAGGAUCACUCUUGCUCUAUGGGAUGAGGAUUUCAAUCCUUUCAAUUUCGAUGUUGUUAUCGGCUAUGACUAUCAUUACAUUCGUUCACGCAUUGCUAUGCAAUUGGCAUCUGGUACAGGCCGAAAGUCACCAGUCGUACUUUUAUUGGUGACAACCUAUUCUGUUGAGCACGUCAGCUUGCACCCCUUGAACAAUGCGUCUAAGCUCGAGGAAACGAAUGCAAUGCUCGCAUGCACUGUCAGCGCAGGGCGCUAUCUCGAAGACCCUGAACGUGGCUACAGCGAGCCACAUGAAAUUGCUGAAAUAUUUGCGCGUUACCUGAAUGGUAUUACUGAUACAUUGAACUGGGAGCCUCAGGGAAUACCGGACGACGUUCUUGAUAUCUUCGAAGGCCCCAUGUCCCAAAAUCAACUUCUUUUUGCAGUGGACGACUUGCAUGGGAAUGGCCACAAGCGAAAGUUUAGCGACGGUGGCGAGGCUGCUGAUGCCAAACGAACGCGGACACUUCCCCUCCGAGAUCCACCAGUUGGUUCCAACAACCCUCCCAUGCCUCUUGCAACACGGCAGUGGCUUGACAGUGCACUGCUUCGAGGAGAGGCCAACAAUAGAGAGGCGACUACUUCGGUGCGCGUGGCGGUCUUGGACUCGCUCAGGGAACAGGCGGACGAGUACAAGCGCAGGGUUCUAUUAGCGGCAGAAGUCGAAGUCGAACAGAAGAACCAUAUUAACCGUCUUGACAAGGAGCUCAAGGACUAUCGGAAGACAACAACUAGGAUUGGGUUGUCAAAUCGUGCCGCUAUCCAAGACCGAACAGUCUUUGAAAAGGAAAAGUCCAAAGCUGAAGCGGCUCUACAAGCUGCCACAGCAGCUGCGCAUAAAGAGAGCGAGAAAUACAAGCUGAAAAUAGCCGAGCUCGAAUCUACGAUCGGCCAUCUGAGGGAGGCACCCGGAGCCGCUGAAAGGCAAGACGCACUCACUACGGCGCAAAAACAGUUGCGGAUCACGGAAGACAAGCUGAAGGCCGCCUUGACAGAUGUGGAGUUCAUGAGAAGCCGCUAUCAGGAUGUUGGCUCUGCAGCAGCACAGUUGUCCAACGAGGUCAAUGCAUUGAAGACCCAGAACGUCGCUCUAGAGCAGAAGGCUUCAGCGAACCUGUUGGCUAUCCAUGCACAGCAGGCUUCUGGGGAGAGGCAAGCUAUGCAGCAGACGAUUGAGAACCUACAAGCGCAACUCCAGCAAAGGGACGCAGAACUGACUGCAGCGCACCAGAAACUUAAUAGUUUUGCGAAUGGGCGGAACACACGAGGAGGCAGCAUGCCUCGCAGCCCCCGCGUUCCGAGUGGAGUGAGUCCACGGCCCAACCGGGCGUAUACUGGUUCUGCUAGUAGAGGAACAAGUCCUUCCGGGCCUGGUACACAAUUUAUGAGCCAGCAGGCUCAAAAUACCAGAUGGAACUCUCUUCAAUGA